UAUUGAAUACACUCAGUGGUUUAAUUAUUAAAUAUAUUGACUUCAGUCUGUGAUUAUUUUCAUAUUUCUAAUAAAUCUCUAGCACUUAUAUUUGUUGGCUUACAUUAGUUUUAUAUCCGUUAUUAUCUAUAUCUUGCACAAAUUAAGCAAGCAUUUUAACUUGUAAUGAAGAGCGGCUGCAUGUUGGUCAGGCAGCGAAAAAUGUUCGAUCAUUGCUAGCCGGAGGACACUCGUAUCUUUCGUUCUGCUUUGUCACAGUGAGGAGAGGAAAAAAAAAAAGAUUCUAGAUGCUUGAUUUUUUUUAGGGUAGGGGAAGAGACUCCAUGCUAACAGUGAAUGACGUUCACAUUCUUGUCCCUUCAGCUGCCCCUGGUUCAUAAUCCACUUAGAGAGAGAGUGUAUUGGGGGAAGGUAACAAAGAAUUUUGACUCCUUUCUUUAUUUUGUAAUGCUAUUUUGGAUUCUUCCGCUUCUGCUUUUGUCAGGUCUUCACAGAAAUUUCGUCAAUACAGAGGGAUGGUUCAUCUGAUUUAAUUAAUGUCCUUGGAUGAAGCUUCAGCCACUACGCGAUAUAUACAGCUUACAUCUCUCACAGUACCCUUUUCCCAGUCUUGGUAGUUUAGUCUUCGUACACGGGAAAACAAUAAAUCUUGGCGCCGACCUGUGCAUACAGGACAUCCAGGUUAGUAUCUGGCAUACAAAAUAAUUACGGAUGUAGUUCUGUGACGGCAAAGAUGAAGGUAUUCCUUAGUGCAGUACACGCACGUACCCAGUACCUGCGUUCUAUGAUAGAGCACGUCCUGGGUACAGUCGUCUAGUCAGCAGUUAUCAAUUCUUGAUGAUGACUAGUAGGAGAGGCCUAGGGUUGGCGAGGCUGGAAACGACGUUCACGUCCAGUGCAGAUCAGAACUCUCUAGAACAGGAGCGAAAAAAAAAAAGACAAAAAUCACGUCAGACUUCAACUUUGUCGUCAUAGUCACGUGAACCAUUGCCACCUUCCGUUUGCUCACAGAGUCAGAGAAACAGAGCUUGAAGAACAUAUCUGGCAUAUGGGCUUCUCAAGAGAAUGAAUUUAAAAAGGACUCUUCAAAUAUCCAGAAAUUUAAGUUUACUCUUGGGAGGCGCCUGGGUGAUACGCCAGCAAACCAGAAGACCCGAGAAUGCUCUGUGUCCGCCCGGGACAGUUGCUGACAACAUGCAAGAUAAUUCCGUCGCCACCAUCAUACGAAACGGAGAUUGUCCACUGAAACUGCAACAGGUCCAUGUAUUCUUUCGACAUGGUGCUAGACUACCACUGCACCUGUCUCCUUGGCUGGACGAGCUGUUCACAAUACACAGCUGUGUAUAAUAUGUCCUAGUGCACUGUUGACGACACGAGGCGAACCCCUUGUGGCAGGUGAGUUAUCCUAAAGAUAUGGUGCUGAAAGACGCGCCUCACACCAUGAUCCGCCACCGGAUCGUCAUGCUGCCGGACAGGACUUCCAGAACUCUCUCUGAAAAGGAGGAGUCUUACAAACUGUUACAGCUCAAGGGAGGGGGAUAUGCGGGUAACCUGACGGUGCUAGGCCAGGAUCAGGCGUACGUACUGGGCCGCAGCCUUCGUGACAUGUACAUCUUUCGUCACCGAUUCCUGUCGGAAGACUACAGUGCUCAAGAUGUUUCCGUGCAGUCGACAAACAUCAACAGAACAAUAGUGUCCGCUCGCUGUGUCCUAGCAGGAAUGUUCGGCAAAGAAAGACUUAACGAGAAGGGUGGCGUGGAGAUCACAGUGUGUGAGUUGAAGGAUGAUUUUUUGCUGCCCAACGACAUGUCGUGCAAUGUGCUGGCAGAGACGAUAAAGUUCGCCACCAGCGACAUGGACAACAUCGGGCUAAUGGAGGACAGAUUGAUCAUUGAAAAAGCACUAGGUAUUAACUCUGAGGCAACCGGAGUGAAGAUAAACUUCGAUCACUUGCGGGAUGAUUUAACGUCAAGAAUAAGAACAGAGGCCAGCCUUGACAUGCCUUGUGGUCGGACGCGCCUUGAAUCGGGUAGUGGACGCCAUGGAAAGCUUGAUCUAUGGAGAGAAGUGGGCAGGGCGGUCAAGAUGUACCUAUGGAGCACGCACGAUUCCACAUGGUCGCUCUUCUGGAGGCUCUGGGAAUAUUUAAUUGGAGAUGGCCUCCUUUGUUGCCGACCUGAGGCUGGAGCUGUAUAAAAGUGGUGAUAACAGACACUGGGUGCGCGUCCUGUACUGCUCUCAGGAGAUUGCCAUGCGGAAUUUUUCCACUCCAAUCAUGCCGUUUGAGGAUUUUGAGAGAGCCGUGAAACCGUACUUGAUGGAUGACUCUGAAUUUGAAAGUCUGUCUAAAAUGACACUGGACCAGAUCUUAAAUGCUUACUAUCCUGUCGUGUGAAUGAUGUCAAGAAAGAUAGCAAAGUCUAUCCUUCCAUCACCUUCAAAGAAGCAUCAAGAUUCAUUCAGAUUUUGUCAUUUUCUUAGAUAGGUGUGGCACAAUACUUUGGGUUUACCCAUAAGCACCAGUCAUCCUCUCUUCACAAAAUAAAGAAUAUGCACUCAACAGUA